AUGCAGGUAUACCCAGAGCCUGCCCCGCCCUCCCCGGUGGAGAACCUUCGGUGGUUAGAGGAUCAUCUAGACGUGACGUACUCCCCAGUAUGUUGCUCGUAUAAUGCGGGUACAACAACACUGCUCCUGCGGCUACCGAAUGCAGAGGAGGGAAACGGAGUUGCUGUUUGUCCCGCCUCAAGUGUAGGGGGUCAGGGUCGUGAUGCUGUGCUAGAUGUUUUGGAGUGGCGGAGAGAGGGUGCAAGGGAGCAGAACCUGGUAGAUAUUUUUGGCCGCAUUCAAGAUUUAGAUACCUUGCAGCUACAGCGCUUGCCUGGUUGGGGCGCAUCUGCCGGUGGGGUGUUGAGGCUUUCGAAGGACCAGGACAGUUUCACUGAUCACCCAGUACCCGAGGGUGGCUCGCUUGCGCAAAUAGAGGAAACCGCGGGUUCCUGUGAAGGUGCAUCCACCAGAGCGGAGCGUUUGGAGUCUUCUCUUUCCCGUGCGGAGCUAAAGCAAUGCGAGGAGGCAUACAGCUUGCGCAGCUUCCUCAAUUCGUGUUUGAUGUUGCCUGGAAGCCGCAGGCUCUCGGGUGGAUGGAGGAAGAAGGUCUGUGCAUCUGCGGAUUCGCAGCUGUCGCGCAACGCUGAGCCUGCGUACUCUCGUGGACUUCCGUUCUUACAGUGGCGCUGCAGGUUCCCGAAGGCAACGGCUUCAGCAGGCACCGGUGCUGCAGGGGAGGGGUCGGGGUCGUCGCGAGGAACGGGGAGCGGUAAGAAACGCUUCUCUCGCUCAAGUGGGGGAUAUGCCGAUCAGAAGCAUGAGGCCUGCGUGGGGGGAGGGAUAGUGCAGCACUCGAGUCGUUUGUUGUCUCUAAGGAGAAAAGUCAAGGGUGGAGCAUCAGACAGCAACAGGACGAACGUCGCGUCGACAUUGUCCUUAGGGUCUUUGGGCUGA